AGCUAAUCUGUUGAAAGGAACUUGCCAUGUUUUCAUAGCUGAAGGUGUUCAUGCAACAUGGCCUUUCUCGGCACCUGAAGUGAUCACCUUCAGGCCUUCAGAUCAUGUUCUGAGCUGCUCCUCUGUUGGAAGGUUCAGCAAAGGAGGCGAGUGAGCCUGGGAACUUUACUAAUCAGUGCACAGCUGAAUUAGCAUGUUAGGAGGCUGGGGCACAUUACAGCUUUCAAGGAAGCUGUUAGUGAUUAUUCAGUACUGGGAGCUGCAUGGGAGCUGGAAAGCAACAAAAGAGUGAAAUUAGACAGACAGACAGACAGACAGACAGAUAGAUAGAUAGAUAGAUAGAUAGAUAGAUAGAUAGAUAGAUAGAUAGAUAGAUAGAUAGAUAGAUAGAUAGAUAGAUAGAUGUAUAGAUAGAUAAAAAUGAAGUAAUGGUGCAAAGCUGCAUAGAUUGUUGGAUUUAAAUCUAAAUGCUCCUUGGCCUGAGUUUGAUGGGGUCAAUUUACAAAGCAGAAAGUUUAUUAAAGAACGAAUGCAGUUGUAAAUCCCCUAGAUACCAGUAAGUGGACAGACGUGCUCAUCAGGGCACGGUUUUGGAAGCGUUUUGAUGAAUUUCGGAAAUUGCAGGAAUUGUUAGCAAUUACAUCUGAUCAAGGCUUCCUCUAUGGUAACCGAAUCACACUCCCAGUUCGAUUGGAGUCUCCGGUUUCACCCAGUGUAAUGCAACCGGGAUUAUAAGAGGAAACACGUGUCCACAACCGUCCAGGAAUCAUAGAAGCCGAGAUUUACGUUCAAUUCUAAGCAAUAAAAAAUACAGCACUUUGGAAACUUUUCACAAGAUUACUGUGAUUAACGUCAGGGGUUACACUGCCAUACUGUUAAAAACAUUUGCUAAUAAUGAAUAAAACAUGAAAACUUACUGUCUAUGCCUAACAACAAUCAAAUUACCAAUAAUCUGAAUAAAAUAUGAUUUGAACGCCUGCCUAUUGGAAGAUACAGAUAUAGUUUGUGAAUUGUUAUAGCAGGCCUUUGUGAUAAAAAAACACAUUUUUAAAAUUUCAUAUAUUUAUUAUAGAAUAUUAUUGAUUAUAUUAUAGAAUAUUAUUGAUACAACAUAUACUGUAUAAAUCUAACUUUUACUGCCUUAAGAUUUAAUAUGCAACAUUUCUCCUUAGUGGGAUUUUCAAAAACUUUUUCAACUUUAAACUAUUGGAUUUAAAUAUAAUCAAGUUAUUCCAAACAGCAUUAAACAUUAGACCACUUCAGCGUUCCGCAUUUGUUUAUAAAGUCCAGUACUUACGAGAAAGGCAAACAAAAUGAUCCUUUAUAGCGCACUUUGCCAUAGAUAUUUAAAGAAAUGCCAGCGACUAAUUGGAAACGAAUAAAUACCGUAAAAGCUUCUAAACAAGUUCUGAUGAAAGAGGAACACAUGAUUUGAGUUGGUCAUAGUUCUGUAUUGUCAGGCGGUGCCCAAGAAGUUCCAUUACCGAAGAAACCAACCGUCCCGUGUAAACACAGCUGUAAUUUGUUUUUCGUUCUAUAUAAUUAUUUUUUGUGAUUUUUAAAAACAAUUCUAAUAAGCCUUGCUAAACUUUAUUUGUGUAAAACGGAUCCAUUUCAUGUCGGACAGUAAUUUAAUAAUCCAGACCUGUCAUUACGGCCAGUUCCACCAUACUCGAAACUUCACAUGAUACGGCAUUAUGAGAAACAGACAGGAACUCCUCAGCACUCUACUGAAACCGAGAGGAAGAGAAAAGAAUUGCGAUUAAAAAUGUCAGCUUGGCGUUACGGGGAAAGCCCCUAAACUCAGAGGAAACGCUAGCUUCGGUGGAGAUAGUCCGAGUUUCAUAAAGAUGUUUUAAAUCCCUGAUCCAGAUGGUCCCGGUUAACUGGAAUAAAAUAUUUGUACCAGGAGUUUUCCAUUCCUUUGUAUUCUAACAAGUCCAAGAUUAAAAUAUCAUAACGCUAUAAUACGCGAUGUCGGCAGAAAACAGUAUUAUAUAUAAUGUAAAAAUGUCAUAAAAGGAUUCCUACAAGAAAAAGCCAAUAAUCGUAAAAAAUGCAGGAUCUAACACCAACUAAAGACAUCAAUCUUCGGCAAUAUAAACGAAGGCGAACGAUAUACACGGUUAGGGGUUACACUCGGAAAAAAAGAGUAAAAAUGCGUGUACCUUUGCUUGUCACUGGGUCUGUACCCUUGUAAUUGUACUUUUUAGGGUACAGAAAUUGAUUCUGAUAAACAUCACAAAGGUACAGACAGCGUUGUACCAUCAAUGGUACAGAAAUGUUCCUCAGAGUUCAUUUUUGUACCUUAAAAUGUACAAUUACCUACCGCUAAAGGUACAUUUCAUAGACCCUCGAGACAAGCCCCAGUGACAAGGAAAGGUACAAAAAUUGGCCUUUUUUCCUGAGAGUGUAGUUUGCAGUAUUUUAAAUUCAUACUUUAAAUAAUGUGUGCAUUUAAAUUACAUUUAUAUUAUAUUUAUACUUAACCUAAUCUAAGAAAAAGUCUGUGCAAGUGUUAAUUCCAUGGCCAUUAAUCCAAGGAUUUGAAUUAAUCUACACUUAAACAAGAGUCUGAUAGUCAUUAUUUUGAUGUCAUUACAAAAGCAAACUGAAGUAUUCCACAGAGAGAAAAAUAAGUCAUUGAAAUCUUAAACACUUAGGCCCUGCUUGUUACUCUUUUUCAAAUAAUUAAACAUUAUAUCGAAAUAUAUUAGAGGAUGUCCUCGUAUUUGAAUUAAACAAUCGUCCCCCUGUUUAGGUCAUAAUAAACUUCAUGGUCUGCUAGCUGCAUUUCUGAAAAACAAAUUGGCAAUCACAUUAUAUGCACAGCGAAUUAAAGAUCUAGAAGAGGCCAGAUUAUCAUAUUGCCAAAUUAUGCAACUGACAAAUAGGACAAAUUAGCUAUUUACUUGAGUCCAGAACCUGUUUGUCUGCUUGUCAUUUAAUGAUGUCAUUUAAUCUAAAGAUAAGUAUCUUGUGCCUUAAAUGGCAUUUACCAAAUAUGUCGUAAUAAGAGCGCAUAAUGGUUGGUUGUGCAUGUUUUCUUCUUUGCAGGAAAACCUUCAAAAGUCGCUAGAUAUUUCAUUUAAAAUGUAAUAUCUUGUUUAUUAAAGAACACAGUUCAUUAUAAUCAUAAUUAUAUUAAUGAUUAAUGGCACACAACGCUGGUAAUUCUUGAUGUAAAAGCACUAUAUUUGGAUUACAGUUUUUAAUUUUCCUAUCAUCGUCAUUGUGACCUGAAUCACACACAAAAUACAACGAUUUUACAUUCCCGAAACUCUAGUGUGAUCCAGUUGGCGUCUUGCAGUUUAACAUGUGGACAGCACGUCCCCCCUCCCAAAAAAAAAUACUAAUAAAGAAGAAUAUACGCACAAUGAAUAAGGGGGCGGUGGUCAGGAGAAAGCCUGCCACUACUAACCUCCCAUUGGAUUACCUCAGGGAAAAUGAGCUGGAGAUUUAAAAAUCUGUAUGAACAGGCGAGGCAUGUCAAGUAAACGAUUCCUUGAGUAAGAAACGGAUUCAAGGGGAGCCUUCGGUGUAGGCGGGGAGAGCACCCUGCUUUAUAGAUGAGAGUGUGAACACACGCGGACAACUCCAGAGGAAAACCUUGGAUUGUGAUUGCCGGCUCAGCAAUGCAGGGUCUAAGUUCCCGAGCCCACGCUUUCUCAGUGGAGGCUUUGGUGGGGAGAGCGUCGUGCAAGAGGAUGAAGUUAGAGAACAGGAAAGAAGAGAACGCGCAGAACGUUCCCCGGAACGCGGAGCAACAGGAUAUGCCCGCGUGUACCGUUAUCAGCGAGGAAGAGGAGCCAGACAACGAAACAGAGAGAAGACGGAAAGGUGACUUGGCCCAGAAGGAAACCGCUGAGGAUGAGUGUGAUCGGGAGAAGGAGGUGGCGGUGGAGCUCCAGGGGACCGACCUGUGGAACAGAUUUCACGAGAUCGGCACAGAGAUGAUCAUCACGAAGGCCGGGAGGAGAAUGUUCCCGUCCGUUCGUGUAAAAGUGAAGAGUCUGGAUGCCUUCAAGCAAUAUUACAUCGCACUGGAUAUCACGCCGGUCGACUCAAAAAGAUACAGGUACGUGUACCACAGCUCGCAGUGGAUGGUGGCUGGCAAUACGGACCACUCGUGCAUUGCGCCCCGGCUGUAUGUGCACCCCGACUCGCCUUGCUCCGGAGAGACCUGGAUGCGUCAGGUCAUUAGCUUCGACCGCGUCAAACUGACCAACAACGAGCUGGACGAUAAGGGACAUAUAAUUCUGCAGAGUAUGCACAAGUACCAGCCGAGGAUCCACGUCAUCGAGCAUGACUCCAGAGUGGACCUCUCGCAGAUCCAGUCGCUACCCGCCGAAGGUGUGCAUAGUUUCUCGUUCCCUGAAACCCAGUUCACGACCGUCACGGCUUACCAGAAUCAGCAGAUCACCAAGCUGAAGAUCGACAGGAAUCCGUUUGCCAAAGGCUUCAGGGACCCAGGGAGAAACAGGGGGGUGCUGGACGGACUCCUUGACUCUUACCCAUGGGGUAAUCCUCUUGGUUUCGACCUGAAAGGAUUUUCCAUGGAACCACACGGAGGGAAUUCUGGGUAUUUCUCCUCCUGUGGGACCCAGUCUGCCCUGAAGGGUCUCCUGUCUCCCGCCUGCACCCCGCCCUCCUUCCCGUUCAGCAUUCCCUGCUCGGAUACCGCGCUACCCGGCCUGACCCUGCCGUUCUGCUACAAGGCGUCUCCGUCAGCCGGCCUGCUGACGUCCAGGCCCUAUGGCCUUCCGGGGCCUGAGAAGUUGCGGGAUCUCUCUGAGUGCCGGCCCGUGGCUGACUUCCAGCUGCUGUCUGCCCUGCACCGGAAGAAGGAGCCCAGCUGCAGGGCCCAGUGCCUCCGUAGGUUACCCGCUGGACCCUCCUGCCAGCCUACACUGCACAGUCUCCAAGGCGCCGGCGUUUCUGUGAUCCACCAGCCGUACCUGCAUCACGGGACACUGCAGCAGCAGCUGCCAUCGCCUUACAGCCUCUACGGAUACAGCCUCCCCACAGGACCCCACUUCCCGGGUGUAGCUCGGCACCUGAAACUGUCCGACGGCUUGGCUCUGACGCCCGCUGAUAAUUUGCUGGCCCGGGCGCCUUGUCACCCCACCAUUAACCACUGUCUUUGACCAUCCGCUUUGUGCGAAAGACAUCUAUCUAGACCUGACUGGUUCCUCGAGUGCUCAAGAGCUGCUCCUGAAACGGACACCCACAACUGACACGUUUAUGUGUGCAGAGCUGGGGCUGAGCUGCGGUGACACAGAGCGGUCAGCAGCACACAGAGCGGUCAGCAGCACACAGAGCGGUCAGUAGGCAGAGCGGUCAGCAGUACACAGAACGGUCAGAAGCACACAGAGCGGUCAGUAGGCAGUGCAGUCAGCAGCACACAGUGCGGUCAGCAGCACAGAGCGGUCAGCAGCACACAGAGCGGUCAGCAGGCAGAGCGGUCAGCAGGCAGAGCGGUCACCAGCACACAGAAUGGUCAGUAGGCAGUGCAGUCAGCAGCACACAGAGCGGUCAGCAGGCAGAGCGGUCACCAGCACACAGAAUGGUUAGUAUGCAGUGCGGUCAGCAGCACACAGUGCGGUCACCAGCACACUGAUCCAGGAUUUAUCACAGAGAAAACAGACCUAUUUGACAAUUCAUUGAACGUCUCUAAAUGAGAAUUUGACUUGUCUAUAGCUAGUGAACACGAAGGUAGGUUUCUCCUGGAUAGAAGUAUCUUUAAUACUUCUACAUGUCUGCAAUGUACCAGUUUAAACUGCAGUAUCCCUAUAAGCAGCAGGUACUGUGAAUCUAACAGCAGAAAUUGUAAAGCUUCCUGAACUGUAUAUUCCUGUACAAAUUGUACAAAAUAUAUGAUGUAUAUUGGACAGAAUUGUUAAUAAAUAUUUUAGUUUAUAGAAACCUUUGAUUGCUCUGUGACUGAGGGAUAUAUAUCUAUAAUGUGAAAUCCUUAACAUUCCUGCCAUGAAAAAACUCAUCUAAGUUUAUUAUACAAGUAACUGUAGAUGAAAAUGUAGUAAGGUCCUCCAAAAACAGUUUGGCUUUAUUUAUGUUAACUUUUCAUCGAUUUCAGCUCAAGGCGAACCACAUGUUAAAUUGUGCUGUCAUUCUUACAUCAGAAUAAUUAAAGAAAAACAUGAA